AUGACAGCAAGCGAUAGUACUGUGACGAUUUGUAGCGUGGAUAAAUUUUUACAGUAUGCAAGUGACGGAAAUUUAGAAAAAGUAAAAGAAUGUAUAAACAAGGGAAUGGAUGUCAAUGUUACGGAUACAUGGGGUAAAACUCCACUUCAUAAAGUUGCAAAACGGAACGAAGAUGCAGAAUCUCACAUGACUUACACACAGAAGGUGGAUGCAGAACAGAACAAGUUAAAGGUAGUAACAGAGCUUAUAAAUGAGGGGGCUACGGUUGAUCUUCAGGAGAGUACUGGUGAUACUCCACUUCAUGUGGCUGCCAAAAAUAAUUACUUAACAAUAGUAGCAAAGCUUAUAGAAAAGGGAGCUAAGGUUAAUUCCCCGGAUAGAAAUGGAGAAACUCCACUGCAUCAAUCUGCAUCAGAAGGUCAUGUAGAUGUAGUAGCAAAGCUUAUAGAUAGUGGAGCUAUGAUUGAUCUUGAGGAUAAGUCUGGUGACACUCCACUUCAUAGCGCUGCCAGAAAUGGUCGUUCAUGGACAGUAGCAAAGCUUAUAGACAAGGGAGCUAAUGUUGAUUUGCAGAAUAACAGUGGUAGAACUCCUCUGUAUAACGCUGCAUUAAAUAAUCAUUUAAGUGUAAUGGAUCAGCUUAUAAGAAAAGGAGCAAAUGUUAAUUUUCAGAAUGACAAUGGCGAAACUUUGCUACAUCAGGCUGUCAGUAGUGGUCUGUCACCCGUAGUAACAAAUCUUAUAACAAAGGGAGCUACGAUUGAUUCUCCCGAUAAAUUUGGUAAAACUCCACUGUAUCAAGCUGCACUUAAUAAUGACCCAACCAUAAUAAACAAGCUUAUAGAAAAAGGAGCUAAGGUUGAUUUUAAGGAUGAAAAUAGUGGUGAAACUCUAUUACAUCAAGCUAUCACAAAUCAUCAUUUAAAUGUAGCAGCAAGGCUUAUAGACAAGGGAGCGAAUGUUAAUCAUGAGGAUAAAUCNAACAAAUCUUAUAACAAAGGGAGCUACGAUUGAUUCUCCCGAUAAAUUUGGUAAAACUCCACUGUAUCAAGCUGCACUUGAGAGUUACCCAGACAUAGUAAACAAGCUUAUAGAAAAAGGAGCUAAGGUUGAUUUUAAGGAUGAAAAUAGUGGUGAAACUCUAUUACAUCAAGCUAUCACAAAUCAUCAUUUAAAUGUAGCAGCAAGGCUUAUAGACAAGGGAGCGAAUGUUAAUCAUGAGGAUAAAUCUAAAAAAACUCCGCUUCAUAAAGCUGUAGAGCAUAAGAUGCCAGAUGCAAAAGAUAAGUCUCAAGCUGCAAGAGAGGCACAAUUACAAGCAACAACAAAGCUGAUAGAUGAUAAAUUCAAAGUAGUAGAAAAACUUAUAGAAAAAGGAGCAGAUGUUACUUCUAAAGAUAGCUCUGGUGAGACCCCACUUCAUGUGGCUGCUAGAUAUGGUCACUCACAGACAGCAGCAAAGCUUAUAAAAGAAGGAAAAAAGAAAAAUAUAAAUUAUAUUAAUUCCAAAGAUAAUUCUGGUGAAACUCCACUGCAUAAAGCUGCAGAAUAUAAUAGAGAAGCGACAGAAAAUAAUAAAUUAAAUGUAGUAAAAGCACUCAUAGUAGAGGGGCAGAAAAAAGAUACAGCAGAGGUAAAGUAUGUUAAUUCUCAAGAUAAUAAUGGUGAAACUCCGCUUCACAAAGCUGCCAAGGUAGGUUACUCCACUGUAGUAAAAGAGCUCAUAAGUAAAAACGCUGAUGUUACUAUUAAAGAUAAACAUGAAGACACUCCGCUCCAUGAAGCUGCUAUCAGAGCUCCCAUAGAUGUACUAACAGCACUCAUAGCAGAGGGGAAGAAGAAAGAUACAGCAAAGGUAGAUUAUGUUAAUUCUAAAGAUGUAGAUGGUAGAACUCCGCUUCAUAAUGCUGCCGAGUUAGGUUACAUUCCUGUAGUGAACGCGCUCCUGAGCAAUGGAGCUGAUGUUACACUUAAAGAUAAUGGUGGUAAUAUUCCACUUCAUGAAGCUGCUAAAUUUGGUAAAUUCUAUGCAGCAGAAGCGCUUUUGGUACAUAAAUCUGAUCCUCAUGUGGAAAAUACUCAAGGUCGCACUCCACUAUAUGAAGCAAUAAAGUUUGUAAAUGAUACUUUACCAGGGAAAGUAAAAGACGCGCUUAAGGAAGAUCUUGAGUUUAGAGCAAGCCUAAAAGGAGAUACGGGUCCACCAGGGCCGAGGGGUGAAAAAGGUGAGACGGGUUCACGUGGCCAGAAAGGUGUACAGGGUAUAUCAGGUACAAAUGGGACAGAUGGUAAAGAUGGUGCAGAUGGCAUGCAAGGUCCAGCAGGUAAAGAUGCAACUCCACAAGAUGUUGCUGACAGGUUGAAGAGAGAUGAUACAUUUAAAGCGAGCAUAAAAGGAGAUCCUGGUAUACAGGGCAUAAAGGGUGAUAAAGGAGAUCCUGGUACAAACGGUAAAGAUGGUAUACAAGGUCCAGCAGGUAAAGAUGGUACACCUGGUACAAAUGGUGCACGAGGUCCAAUGGGGCCAAAAGGUCGAGAUGGUAAAGAUGGUGAAAGAGGUCUAAAAGGUCAAGAUGGUAAAGAUGGUGAAAGAGGUCCAAUGGGGCCAAAAGGUCGAGAUGGUAAAGAUGGUGAAAGAGGUCCAAUAGGUCCAGCAG